GACUCAAGGAUGCGGCUUUACAAUGGUACCUAAAUCAGGUACAAGCCCACGAAAACCAACAACUAUUUGAGAAUUGGAAUUCAUUUGCAGAGGGUAUAAAAACUGCAUUCCAACCACCCAUCACCAACAACUUCUACGUCGCCAAUUGA